GUAGGUUGCUUGAAUGGGGCUCGGUUUGCAGGAUUAGGUCUUAUAGUGCUUCUUCACGGUUUUGGUGUGAAACCAUCACCAAAGGUGAAUUUGGUUGAUCAAAAUACCUCAGAUGACAAGGCGAUAAGUUUCCAAGUGCUUGUAGCGUCAGUCUUGGAUGAAAGGAGCAUGGCAGCUGACGUUGAAACGCAAACCCAGAAUCAACAAAUGAAGAAUCCCCUUCAAUAUCAACCUUCAAACUUCGGUGUUGAGAGUUUUGUUUAGAUCCUACUUGGCUGGUUCAAACAAGUAGUGGUUCUAAUACCAUGAUACUGCAGAAGAUACAAGUAAAUCGAUGUGGACAAAUAUUCCCAUAUCAAUUCUCUUGGUUUCUUCGUUGCGUAUUCUAAUUAACAAAGUGGACUUCCACCGGAGGGUUCGAUCCACUCAUAGGCAGACAUAUUUAUCUCACCUGCGGAAGAAGCAUUUAUUUGUUGACGAUCCUUGCCUUUCAACUCUUCCACCCCCUCCGUCAUCAAAACAGAAGAGGAAAAUUGCCUCUCCUCUGGUGGAAGCUGCUGUUGAUGAGUUUGUUGAUAAGAUAUUGCAGGAAUUCAUUAUAGAUUUGUGGUACUCUUCAGUCACUCCUGACAGAGAGGGUCCUGAGCAAAUACGCCUAAUAAUCACUGAGGUCAUUGGUGAAAUAUCAGCAAGGGCGAGAGAAAUCAACCUUGUCGACCUGUUAACAAGGGAUAUGGUUGACUUGAUAGGAAACCACUUGGACCUUUAUAGAAGAAACCAAUCUGCUAUUGGUAUGGAUGUUAUGGGAACACUUUCUUGUGAAGAAAGGGAAGAAAAAUUGAGACACCAUCUUAUGGCUUCCAAGGAGCUUCACCCGGCUCUGAUAUCUCCAGAGUGCGAGUAUAAGGUUCUUCAACGGCUUAUGGGAGGAGUGUUGGCUGUUGUAUUAAGUCCAACAGAGGCUCAAUGUCCUCUUGUCCGAUGCUUUAUCAGGGAACUCUUAACUAGCUUGGUAAUGCAACCUGUCAUGAACCUUGCUAGUCCCGGGUUUAUCAAUGAGUUAAUUGAACAACUUUUCCUCACCAAAGUAGAUGAUGGCAGUAAAGAGGUAAAUGAUGAUCAGUCAGCUGAUGUAACUAGUAAACACCAUGAUCAAUCUGGUGCUGUUGGAUCUACACAAGGUGGUCAAUCUACAAAGGGAAAAAUUUUAUCAACCUGUAACCAACCAGAUAUUAUGGUAUUGUCUCAAGGAAGCCACCAAGAACAAGGAAGCCCAUCCAUUAGUACUUACAUGAAUAGCCCUACCCACACGUGUAAAGAAUAUCAUAUGCACUCAUGCUCUGCAGAUCGGGCAACAGUGUUAGAGGCUGCAACUCAGAGAAGUGAAGUUAUUCCUCCUAAAAAUCUUGAGAACAUGUGGUCCAAUGGAAAUGAUUACAACAAUAAUGUUGACAAGCCUGUUAAAGCAGGAGAUUCAUCAGCACCUGCAAUGAGGCCUUCAGAAACCAGCUAUUCUGUGCCUGUGAGAAAUUCAAGCAAGGAAAUGUUAACCAACAAUCAUGAAAGUUUUGCAGGAACAGAGAAUAAAGUUAUGGUGCAGGAAAUAGAAGGAUUAAAUAUUGAUUCUCAACUAAAUGAUGGGAUUAAAAUUGGAACACAGUCAUCUCAAGAUCCAAAGAAAGGAACAUCUUUUGGGGGCGAGUAUCUUGCUGAUAAAUUGGAGCGUAAAACCAUUGCAGCUGCUAAUUGCAAGAAAAAGCAGUUCAAGCGAUCAAUUAGCACUUCUGCUUUGAAAACUCAACUCGAUAUGGAAAAAACAUUUAUGGGUGGAGGUGGAGGGUCUUUAUCUCAAAAAUUCUGCAAUCCAAAUUCUAGCUGGCAUAAAGAUAAUAUAGUUGAGAGUCCCUCUGGUAUGGUAUUCUGCAGUGAAGGGCUAGUACAUAUUCCCAAGCUCAAGUGCCAGGUCGUGGGAGCAUACUUUGAAAAGCUUGGGUCAAAAUCUUUUGCAGUUUAUUCAAUAGCUGUGACAGAUGCAGAAAAGAAUACAUGGUUUGUGAAUAGAAGAUAUAGAAACUUUGAGCGUCUGCAUCGACACCUUAAGGCCAUACCAAAUUAUACACUACAUUUGCCCCCAAAACGAUACCUUUCAUCAAGUACUACUGAUUCUAUUGUUCAUCAACGCUGCAUUAAGCUUGACAAAUAUUUGCAGGAUCUUUUGUCAAUAGCCAAUGUUGCUGAGCAGCACGAAGUGUGGGAUUUCUUAAGCGCUUCCUCAAAGAAUUAUUCUUUUGGGAAAUCUACCUCGGUAAUGAGAGAGUUGGCAGUUAAUGUGGAUGAUGCUAUGGAUGAAAUUGUGCACCAGUUUAAAGGGGUUUCAGAUGGUCUAAUGCACAUUGUUGAUUCAUCUUCAUUACCGGCUUCUCCUUUAACUGAAAGUAGGAAUAUGUCCUUGAAUGUGGAUGAUAUAAAUAAACAUUUUUCAAACAGACACAGUUCAAACUACAAUCACAUGGAAACAUCACAUUGCUUAUCUGAUAAUGAGGAAAGUGCCAAAAGCAUAGGCCAUGACCACGAGGAAAUAGAUUAUAAGUCAGAAGUUAACGUGUGGCAUUCAGACAAUGAAUUGAGCUCAAAAAGCUCCCAACUUCGAGUAAUGCAGCAUUAUGAGGACGCUAGGGGAUUAAGUCCUGAAAGAAGCCAAAGUUCAGAUGUGAAAUCUGAAAGCUUUGGGCCAGAUGGAUACCAUAUAGCUCAGACUUCAGUAACCUUUGAUUCUGUAGAGGAUCUUGUUGGACUACAAGACAAGUGGGCACCACCUAAUGUUAGUUUGCCAUUAUUGAAUUUAGUUGCUAAGAUAUUCCAGCUUGAGACAAGAGGUUGGCUAAGUAGACAGGUCUUCUGGUUUUCAAAGCAGAUUUUACAGUUGAUGAUGGAAGAUGCUAUUGAUGACUUGGUCAUUAGGCAAAUCUAUUGGCUUCAGAGAGAUGACAUUAUUGCUAAAGGGAUCCAUUGGGUUCAAGAUGUUCUUUGGCCCGAUGGCACAUUUUUCCUUAAUAAUCAAGGUGAUGACUCUCAAUUUAAUAAGAAACCAGAAUAUAGCUCAAACAAUUUAGCUGGAAAUAGGAUCUCUGAACCAGGGUCUUUUGAACUACAACUUGAGGCAACUCGUAGAGCAAGUGAUGUUGAAAAAAUGAUCCUUGAUGGAGCUCCAACUGCCUUAGUUAGUUUGAUUGGGCACAAACAGUAUAGAUGCUGUGCAAAAGACAUUUAUUAUUUCCUUCAGGCAAGCCUCUGAUAAACCUAUGCAUGGUGAACUGUCUUGUACUAAGUUCCUGUUGAUACAUAUUUUGUUCUGCUCUCCAACUUUUCAUGAAGGAGCAUGCUGUAUUUGUUGUGUACUGCAGUCUAAUAUCUGUAUGAAGCAACUUGCAUAUGGAAUGUUGGAACUGCUACUCAUUUCUGUCUUCCCUGAGCUGCACGUUCUUAUUCUGAAUAUGCAUGAGAGUAUGCAUGUUCAACCAGCAUAGGAAAGUUGAGGAUCAGUGCCAAGCCUUUUAUGCUCCGUGAAUAGCCUCUUAUCACUUUUCCAAAUGCUAAGAAGGCUCAAAGCCACAAUCUCUUCCAAGUCCGAUGCAAUCCUGUUCUGGGUUAUCCAGGCGCUAUCACUUUUAGGCCAUUUGUACAUUUGUAAUAGGGUGGAACCUAUCACAAAUGUAGGGUGCCUUCCAUCUUAUUCUAAUUGUAAAGAUAGUAUUUGGAGUCUGUACAGUAGUGUAUAACCGUUUCAACCAACACAAGAAACAUUGUUUAGCUUAGAUAUCAUAUGCUGGAUUCAAAUUGAAGCAAUAGUUCUUUUCAGUUUUCCAUCUGAAGUACGUCUAA